AUGGAAACUCCUCCCCAAUUCUUCACCCUCGAUAAACGACACUCCGACGUCAAAACCGAGCAUUUCAUCAUCGACGAUCUUCUUAAUUUUCCGACCGACGAAAUCCUUCCUGAUGAUCAUGAUGAUCAUAAGAUUCACCUCCUCCCUUAUAAUAAUAAUAACAACACCACCACCGACUCUUCCAAUCUUACCACCGGCGCCGCCGCUGUCGACAGCUGCAACUCCUCCGUCUGUGGUGCCACCGACCUUAACUUCACCGGAGAGGUUGCUCGCCGGACCUUCACCGACACUCAAUUCUCUCACGACCUUGGUGUUCCGUAUGAUGAUAUGGCUGAGCUAGAAUGGCUAUCGAAUUUUGUGGAGGAAUCGUUUUCGAGUGAAGACAUGGAGAAGCUUCAACUGAUAUCCGGAGUCAAACCCCGACCCGACGACCCAUCCGAGACGCACCAAUUCCAGCACGAGACUGACAACCGAACCACCAACCCGAUAUUCAACACGGACAUGACGGUCCCAGGCAAGGCACGAACCAAGCGGUCUCGUGCCGCACCUUGCAAUUGGACCUCCCGACUCCUUGUUCUCUCUCCAACGUCCACCGGACCUACCGCGACUAUGUCGUCGGAGUCUGAGUCUGAUAUCGUGUCAACUUCGACUGGGAAGAAAACCGUGAAAGCCCCACCGAAGAAAAAAGAGGUCUUUGAGAACGCGUCCCAUAAUGGAGAAGGCCGGAAGUGUCUCCAUUGUGCCACUGAUAAAACCCCUCAAUGGCGUACUGGACCAUUAGGUCCAAAAACACUGUGUAACGCCUGUGGGGUUCGCUACAAGUCUGGUCGACUAGUCCCUGAGUAUCGACCAGCUGCAAGCCCAACAUUUGUUCUAACAAAACACUCAAAUUCGCAUCGUAAGGUCCUUGAGCUAAGGAGGCAAAAGGAGAUGCAAAGAGCACACCCACAACCAUUCUUCCAUCACCAGAAUAUGAUGUUCGACGUCCCAAAAGGACCCGACGACUAUCUAAUUCAUCAGCACAUUGGUCCGGAUUAUCGACAACUUAUCUAAUAAGUCCGGUGUAGGGUGAACAAGGCGUAACUUUCUGAUUAUUUUAGUUCUUGAAAAUUAUUUUAGUCGAUUUUUGCAAUCUUUCAAACCAAAAUUUCAUAGGGUUAAAUCGUAGCUUAUGAAGUUUUGUAUUAUUUUUUAAAUUUCGAAAAAAAUAGUGAAAUUUAGGAGAGGUAAAUUUAG